AUGGCCGACUUGCACAAGGCAGAGAACCAGUUCCAGCAAAUGAUCACUGAAUGUAGGAACGAUCCAGUAAGACCAGUUCCAACCAUCAACGAUAAAAUACUGAGCACCCCACAGAAAAUACUGCAAGCCGCCUACGAAACACACAGAACAAAUAGAAACGCCUCAUUCCGUGACCAGAUUCACCAGCCGGGAUUUCACCAAUGGAAGAAAGACGAGAUUCUACAUCAAGUUCUCGAAGCAGAGAGUGGCCUGACGGACUACGUCGACCCAAGGAAUAACCUCGCUUAUUGGGCACGCCCGCCACGGCAUGUUCGGGACCUGGUCUACAAGAUCCAGCAAGAGAUCGGGGCAUUAAUUGGAUCUUCUCUCUGGCUAGUCCCAUCAGACAAUCUGCACAUGACGACAUUGGAGAUCAGUUCUGAGCAGCCAGCAGACCAGAUCCGUAAACUGACGGAAGCUAUGGAUUCAAAGCUGACACAGGAGCUGGCAAACUACACCCUUAACCACCGUGUGCGACUGGUCAAACCGAUCAUCAGCUACGACACUUCUGCCAUUGCUCUUAGCUUUGUGCCUGCGGCUGGUGAAGAUGACUUUAGCGAGUAUAGCGGAAACGAUGAUCGGUAUACGUAUCACCACCUGCGGAGAGAUCUCUACGACAAGGUGACCAUGUCUGGCAUUUCAAUUGCUGCUAGAUAUACUGUUCCCUCGGCGCAUAUUACUAUUGCUCGCUUUGUCCAACCAGUUGGAGCCACAGAGGUCGAGUUGGAAUCUCCAGAGGUAAUUGAACAAAAGGCGAAUCAACUUGUUGCGAAGAUUGAGGUUCUCAAUGGUGAACUCCGCUCAAAUGUGUGGAGAAGAUUGGGAGAUCCGUCUCAGGGAGAGUGGGUUGUUGGUCAUGAGAAAGGGUUGGAAUUUAUGUGGGGUACAACAUGGUAUGGAAAAGGAGAGAGUAUCGUGCUUGGAAACGGAUUUGUUUAA